AGCCGCUAGUCUCUAGCAGUUUUGACGCACCCGAGUCCAGCAGGUCCAAGUGUGUCUUUGCUGCUGUUGGUUACCAUGGAACGGGGCGGGCGCGUUUUGGCGGUCUCUUGGCCGGUGUGCGCGGCCGUCUUCUGGAUUUUGCAAGGUCAGGACUCGGACAAGGACCUGACUCUCGGAGGCCAUGUCUCUGCAGCGAGGGAGGCAUACAUAGAGGAGAAGACGCAGAUCGACCGAGGUGUGAUGCAGAGGGUCCAACAUCUGGAGGUUCCGCCCGCAGCCGUUCAGUUCGCCCCGAAGGUCGCCUUUCUCUUCCUGACAAAGCAGAAGCUUCACAAUUUGAACAUCUGGAAGUCGUUCUUCAGGGACGCACCCAGGGACCGGUACUCUAUCUAUGUACAUGAAUCUCGAAACGAUGUACGAUCAACAAAACAAUCAGUGUACCAGCCACUGGCUGAAUAUGGAGCCCAGACGCUUCCUUUCAUCAAUGGUACCUGGUGUGCGCUUGCUGGCUUGGAGGCGGGCGCUCUACAAAUGAUGUUACAGGACCCCAACAAUGCCCAAUUCGCAUUGUUGUCUGACUCAUGCAUUCCCCUGAAGUCCUUCGCUUACGUCUACCACGACCUGGUGGAGCUGUCGCCCAAGACUAGCAAGGUUUGCCUCGCCGAGACGGCUCAGUACAGAAAGAUUGGCGAGCAAAUGAAGUUUGAUGGAAGUACUGGGUGCGUCUUCAGGGACUUCUACUCAAGAUAUGAGCCGCUGGUUCGACAUCAUCACCAGUGGGCCGUCCUGUCCAGAGAACAUGCAGCAACAUUUGUGCGGCGUGGGUUGGAAAGCCAUCACAGGUACUACAAUGCAUGGCGGCAGGCAGUUCCAGACUGGGCUCAAGCAGGCUAUGGCUGCAGCUGUGAAGCCACUCCUCUGGCUUCGCUGCUGGUCGAUAUGCAUGCAAAAGGCCAGAGCAGUGGUGACUACUUUGAGGACCUCAAGCUUGCUGGAGUAGAACAGAAGUGCUUGACUUUUGUCCAUUGGCAUGGCUGCUUUGUCGGCCACAAGCUGAAUAGGGAUAACGAGUGGAAGUUUAUUGCGCGCAUUUUGCAGUCUUCACCGGUCUAUAUAAUGCAGUACCUCGCAGGGCACGACAUGGACAUAGUGAACAAUCCACUGCACAGGCCCAUGAACUCGUUUCCGUACGAAUUCAGAACGGCGAUUGAAAUGGACUACCUCAAUGAUUUGGCCGACCACAGUUUCAUGUUCGCCAGGAAAUUCCACCCAGGGGUGCAGGUCCUGCUGGCGGACGGCUCGAGAGAACCCCUUGAUGAUGUUCUGCCUCGUGUGUGGCGUCGUGUGGACGAGGCGGGCAGCUCAGGAACAGUUUGGACCAGGCUCAGAAAUCCAGAGCUCCCUCCUCCGUACUCCCUGGUGGGCCGUGUUGUGAUUGCUUGGUUCGGUUCGAUGAUCGCGUCGCUUGUCAGCGUACUCUUAUGUGAUCAUGCUUGCGCCAGGGUUCUACCGUUCACCCUUCUGAUGCUGACUUCUGUGGUCAUGUUCUAUGGCCUGAUCUUUAAGUCAUCCGACAUCAACUGAGCAUCUACCGCACGUUUUCAUGAGGGACGGGGAG